AUUUUCAGGGAAACAUGGAACUAAUCAAUGUCAGCUCACCAUCGUCGAGAACGGAGUUGGAGACGAGAGGCGUCCGGGUCCACAGCCACAGUGAGGCUGAGCGCCGGCGCCGGCAGCGGAUCAACGCCCACCUCGCCACCCUCCGCAGCCUGCUCCCCUCCGCCAGCAGGUUGGACAAGGCGGCGCUUCUGGGGGAGGUGGUGCGUCAAGUGCGGGAGCUGCGGAUGCGGGCGGAGGAGGUGGCUGUGGUGGUGCCUGGAGAAGCAGACGAGGUCGGGGUGGAGGAGGAUGAAGAGGCGGCGCGCGAUGAGACUAAGACAGUCGGCGGUGGGCAGCAAGGGAGGAUGGUCCGGGCGUGGGUGUGCUGCGAGGACCGACCCGGACUGAUGAGCGAGCUGAGCAGGGCGGUCCGGUCAGUCCGGGCUAGGGCGGUCCGGGCGGAGAUGGUGACCGUCGGAGGGCGGACGAGGAGCCUGCUUCAACUGGAGGUCAACGAGGCUGAGGCAGCGGCGGCGGCGGCGGCGGCAGAGAGGGGGGAGGGCCACCACUCAAAGCUGCAGGCGGCGCUCUGGGCCGUCCUGCUCACCAACCGACACGGUGCGGUUGACAACUUCAGUAAGCGGGAACGUGUGUCGACCCGGUUCCGCAGCCGAACAUAGAUAGCUCUAACUCUAGUUAAUUUAUAAGUAGAUUACUUUGCAUAUAAUUAAUUAACCUUGGAUUGGUAUUAUCAGUUAGGAGCUUUCGACUUUCAUUUAAUUUAGAAUGUAACGUGGAUAAUUAUUAUCAUGUGGGCUAAUGAAAAAUAGGAUUUAUGAAGAAAAU